AUGAGACUCUCACGCACACCAAAGGACAAGUACAUCCUGCGAGUCACGGCGGGGCCCAGCUACGACGAGGGCACGCACGUCGAGGUGCCGGUGAACGAGGCCGCGCCGGUGCGCAUCAAGAGCGACCUCGCCGACAUUGAGCUCAACGUGCGGAUACAGGACUACAAGGGCUUGCCGCGUGGCUCACCGUCGACGUCGCCCUACUUUUCCACGGAGCCGCAUGCGAGCAAUCAGGACCAGUAUAGCAUCGCAUUCCGGUUUACGCCGCUUAAGCCGGCUGGGGCAUCAGAAGAUGAUGGAGGAGAUGAUGCGGGUGGUGGUGCCGCCUCGGGGAUCAGAGCCGCAGACUUGCAGUUUGGCAAUGACUUUGAUCGGCCCAUCAGGGACAAGCUGCCGCCGGGCUUCAACUAUGCGAUGAACAUUGUCAAGUGGUGGAUCGAUCCGGGUCUCGAGGGCGAUGCCUACGCGGACAAGCCCUAUCUGUACGGGCCGGCCCUGAGCUCCUUCAACGUCGUGUCUGUCGGCCCGGGAGAGUUUGACGAGUCCAAGGGCGGGCUGUGGUUCGAGGAGGGAGGAGACGAAAGGGGGCAAAAGGUGCGCGAGAUGAACGGCGUGCCCAAGGAGAGCAAGCCGAGGAUGAAGUGGGCCUUGUCGGACGCGAACAAGGAGAAAUGGACGUGGGAUUACGGCCAGACGUACGGCAUUGACUUUUUCAACCCGUAUCUCGACUUUGCCAACAUGGCGAUUCGGUUGCCGGGGUUUCAGCUCUCGGUUGCAAAGUAUCUUGGUGCCGAGGCUUUGAAAAAUGAUGGACGGCUUGCGCAUCAGCUGAGAUAUGUUCUUCGGAACAAGGUUACUGGAGAUACCUAUCUGGUGAUUACCUUUGCGCUGUAUUUGGAAGAGUCUAUCCAUGAAGAUGGGACAGUCAAGACUGCAAAUGGAACAAAUGGUACCACCAAUGGUCAUACCAACGGCCACACCAACGGCCACACCAACGGCCAUGCUCACGGUCAUACCGAUGGUACGACGAAUGGGAAACUAGAGGAUACACAUGAGAGUAGCGGCACUGCAAAUGGCAGCGGAGGAGGAGGAGGUACAGACGAGGAUGGUGUGGAUUAG